GGUCUUGUAAUGGGGUCUUCGGAGCUAAGGUCGCCGGCUUUGAAGUUGUCCAUAGCUUGCCCCAAGCUCACACCAGCAGCAUCUACCUUUCCAGCGGCAGCAUCCAACUACUAUCAGCUUGAUGAACUGCUAACAGAAGAGGAAAAGGAUUUACAAAUGAAUGUCCGACAGUUUAUGGAGAAGGAAGUUGCUCCAAUAAUACCCAAGUUCUGGGAGAAGGCAGAAUUUCCGUUACAUCUUAUUCCAAAGAUGGGUUCUCUCGGAAUUAUUGGAGGGAUUAUCAAGGGCUAUGGAUGUCCUGGACUUUCUGGGACAGCUCACGCCAUGUGUUUUCUAGAGAUCGCUCGUGUGGAUGCAAGCAUUGCCUCAUUCUUCCUGGUUCAGUCAUGCCUCGCAAUGCUUAGCAUUGCACAACUCGGGUCGGAAGCCCAGAAGGAGAAGUAUUUGCGGUCAUUGAGCAAAAUGCAUAAAGUUUGCGUAUAUGCCUUGACAGAGCCGAACCAUGGUAGUGAUGCAAGCUCCCUUAGCUCCACAGCUAGAAAGGUUCCAGGAGGGUGGAUCCUCAAUGGGCAGAAGCGAUGGCCGGCCAACGGCAGUUUUGCGGAUGUGUUCGUCGUUCUUGCCUGCAAUACCAGUAAUAAUCAGAUUAACGGGUUCAUUGUGAAUGGUGGGUCCCCAGGGCUUAAGAUCAGCAAGAUCGAGAACAAGACGUCGCUGAGGGUUGUCCAGAACUGUGACAUUCUGCUGGAGGACGUGUUCGUCCCUGACGAUGACCGUCUUCCCGGCGCCAACUCUUUCCAAGACCUAGUGAAGGCCCUCUCUUUCUCUUGCGUCAUCGUUGCCUGGAUCAGCAUCGGCAUUGCAGCAGGGGUUUAUGAUGCAUGCUUACGGUAUCUGGGGGAGAGGAAGCAGUUCGGGGCGCCAUUAGCGGCGUUCCAGCUGAACCAGGAGAAGCUAGUGAGGAUGCUGGGCAACAUCCAGGCGAUGUGGCUCCUCGGCUGGCGUCUCUGCAAGCUGCACGAUUCCGGCAGGAUGACCACUGGCCAGGCCAGCCUGGGGAAGGCAUGGAUCACAAAGCAGGCACGGGAGACGGUCGCCUUGGGCAGGGAGUUGCUCGGUGGCAACGGCAUCGUCACCGAUUUUCACGUCGGCAAGGCAUUCUGCGACAUGGAAUCCAUAUACACGUAUGAGGGCAGCUACGAAGUAAACGUGCUCGUCGCUGCCCGAGAGAUCACGGGCAUCGCCAGCAUUAGGCCGACUAGCCGGCUCUAGUUGCUGAACAUCGUGCUGUGCACAUAUGGCACACCAAGUAACAGCUAGCUAGCGCGUAUAAGAAGGAACGUCCAUGCGACCAGGCCCGGUGUUAAAGCACAAAUUUCUAGGCUAGCUAGCUGUCUCUGAAGGUCUGAUUGGAACAUCUUUCCAAUAAUUUUAUGGUAUAUGAAGUUCAUCUCGUAAUAUAUACUUGUUGGUAUACACAGUACAUCCAACCAUCAAGUUAAAUUAACACUUCAUAGCUUUUUUCUGUACACAAUAUAUGUGUCGUGGUAUUGUAACACAUAUACAUAUAUAUAUAACAGGUUACGCGUAUGAUUAUUAUCUCUUAUC